GUUUCGGAGUUGUUUCACAAAAUGCGUGAAUCGCGUAAAGAAAUACUACACAAACAGACGGGACAGGGACUGCAAAAGACCCGAAGUGGACAGGGAUUGGAGACAAUUCUUACAUAUUCUAAUCAGUAUGAGGUCAUGUAUGUCGGCAGUAUCAGGAUGUCCCAGAAGAGAGCGCACCCGCAGGUGAUAGACGAAGCGAUCUCCCGAUUCAAGCAAUUAGAUCGCGAGCGACAGAGUCUGACGGAUGUGCGCGACUCUACCGGCGCUAACGCCGACCCACAGACGUGUCUUAACCGCCAGAAUUUGUCGACAACACCAACAGAAUCGCAGAAUAUUCCGGACUCAACGCAAACAACACACGAAAUCAACACAACCACUACUACUAUCACUAAUACCGGUGCUAAUCAGACCGUUGAACAUACCGUCUCUCAGCCCACAACCAGACGUUUUCUGGUUAAAGUGAUUGAAGAGGGCAGCGAAUGUCGGUCCCCCUCCAGCACAGGGGUAUCUCCAGUCCCACCACCGGACUCACCGACACCACAGUUACCCUUAACUCAGGCGCCGGCAUCUAAUAGUCUACUAUUGCCGACAACACUCAUACCGAACACUCAAAGCCUGGACGCUGAGACCCGGGUAUCCCUAUUACGGGAAUUACGGGACUAUCAGAAAAGCGCCAGUUGUUCACCACCGACUAUGGACUGUCCGGACAGUGUGUUCAGCCCUUGUAAGGCAUCCCCGGAGCGCAAGAGGUCUGUCAGCGGCGAU